AUGGAAAAGCUGCCCUCCUUCGUGGCGACCCUAACAGGACCUGGUCCCAGGGAGUUAGAUAAUGCCAAAGCUCGGCAUCAUUGCGCUUCCAUUGGGGAGGAGCUUUAUCCGUUGUCAGAUGCGUCUGGGCCCAUUCGCUCCGAGUUGAAACAUCAACUCGACUAUCUCAUCUUUACUGGGAGCCUGCGAUUUGAUGACAAACCGUGGUCUUCUGAUAGUUCAUCAACAGACUGCUGGGCCUAUUCUCAUCGCCAUAACGAGACUGUCCAGGUGUCUUGUGGCUCCAAAUUUCCAGCCAUCUGUACAUCCCGCCUUCCCCCAACGACCGACAGAAACAGUGCUGUCCAAGCGUCGUCUAAGAUCAAGGUGACGGCUGAUCACUACACUUUCUCCGGCUAUCGCGAUGCUCGCUCAUUUCGGUUCUUGGGGAUUCCCUUUGCAGAUCCUCCUUUGGAAAGCUUACGUUUUUCACCUCCCCGAGCCUAUUCUGGUCCCCCAAACAUCGAUGCGACCAAGCUGGGAAACUCUUGUAUCCAGUCCAAUUUCUCAACCCAGAUGAAUUCCAGCAUGUCAGAGGACUGUCUCUAUCUCAAAAUCUAUACACCCGUUCUGCCGGCGCAACUCUCCAAAAAUUCUACGAGCCGACCUGUCGCUGUUUAUUUUCAUGGAGGAGCGUUCAAAGAGGGAACCGCUAUCAAUUACCGAGUGGGGGCGUUGGGAUUCCUGGCAACUGGCAAUCUCACAACUGGAAGCUAUGGGAUCAGAGACCAGAUUCUUGCUUUACAGUGGGCGAACAAGUAUAUUGAAAAGUUUGGGGGUGACCCUGACCAGGUCACCAUAUUUGGUCAGUCCGCCGGAGGUCAGAGCGUGAUCGCUCUUCUGUCAUCUACUGCAGCCCAAGGUCUCUUUUCCGGAGCGAUCAUUCAAUCUGCCCCAGUGGAUCUACCAUGGUUCUCUCGUGGGGUAUAUUCAGAACUCAUCGUCCCCGAGGUAGCCAAAGCCGUUGGUUGCAACCAAACAGCACCUGAAGAUGCUUUGAUUUCGUGUCUACGGUCCGUUCCUGCACGGCAAUUUCUCGACAACAGCACUGCGUUUCAAAGCGCCCUUCAAACCAUGACCAUAAGGAUAGGCUCUAAAUUCUUAAAGGCGAGCACCUUACUCGCCUCGAUCGAACCCCUUAUGCCCAUGGUCGACGACAUGGGCACCGGAGUGAUCAACGAUCAAUUCCACACCUUGCUGGCCACGGAUUCUCUUCCCAACCGCGUGCCGACCAUGUUCACAACUGUCUCCAACGAAGCAUGUUAUUAUGUUGGCAAAUUAAUAUCUCCCAUCGGCACCAAUCAGUCAACGCUCGAUGCAGUCUACAAACUCGCGUUCCCGCCUGACCUCGCAAAAGCUAUUGUCACAUCCGCCGCAUUUGGGCUCAACGCUACUGAUCCCGACGGCGCCCGCAAUGCGCUCGCUAGCACCUUGACACAUUCUGAAUGGAAAUGUCCUCAAGCCCACCUUCUCAGCCAAAGCAACAAUCAUAGUUUCCCAUCCCUCUACGAGGUUGAGAUUACGAAUGGACACAUCUCAAGCCCAACUGAACAUCCCGAGAUCUGUUCUCCAAACCCGAUUUACAAUGCCAGCUGCCAUGCCUCAGACGGAACACUGAACAGCAAAACACAACAAGUUCAGCCCUACUUUAACGGGGAAGAUAUUAGGCACUCGCAGUCUCUCAACGAUAUCUUUGGCGCUUUUUUCCGCACUCACAAUCCCAACCCGAGCCAGGAAAUGUUGAGGAUCCGUGGACCUGCGUAUCAAGCUACAUAUACUUUAUUCGGGAAACAAAAGUAUCUAGUGCACGAAUAUUCUGGGAAAUCCAGCAAUAUGAGUUUGUUAGGCAAUUAUCCUUCGUGGAAAGCCGAUCCGGGGUUGUCAAGGAAAUGUGCUGUGUUUGAAAAGCAUGGUUUUACUUUCCAACGCGCUCUUUCUUUGUGA